AUGGCGCGUGCCGAGGAAUCGAAGUCUCGCAUGCACGGCAACCCAGGACCAAACAACCUUCUACUAUCCUACAAUUAUAUCCUCCAGGACACUGAGUUCUUUUGCAGAAGUGCUCAUUCUGUAGCUAUGUAUGUUGUCACCUCCAUGAUCUGCUAUGCUGAUGACCGCUACGCCUGCUUUGCUCGAGACAAGGACAAGUGGGUCAUAUAUGGCUUCGAGACUGUCGACAGAAGUUGCCAUCUUGCGGACAGCCUGCUUCACCUAAUCAUUGUCCUCUUUAGCUCAUUCCAUGACUUCCUUGCUGUUAAUAGCACCUGCCGCUCUUGGCGUGCUACAAUUUCUUCCUUCCCACCCAUAUAUCACUUCUCCUUCCCACCUCUCUUUGUCAACACAGGCCUUCAUUAUACUCGUCGGCAUAUGGGCGACUCCAAUUCCUGCUACAACCCUUUAUCUAACUACAAAUGGCAGCUUCGUGAUCCUGCGAAGACAAAUUUAUCCCUUCGUUGUUCAGCACCCCGACAUACUCCAUAUUAUGUGCGCUAUUUGGGCUGCUCAGAUGGGUAUUUGAUCUUGUACUGUGAGGAACAAUGCUUCCUUGUCGAUGUGUACACUAGUACUAUGGUGAAGCCCCGUAAAUUUCGACGCAGUGACAACUCUAAAAUCUACUAUGGCGUCAUUACGGCUCCUCUCAGUUCGCCCAACUCGUGCCUCCUCCUUUUCUCGAGAAAGUAUAUGUUCCGGUGGCAAGUUGGAACAAAGACCUGGACGGUGCACCCUCUCGUUGCUGGACGCAUUCAUCAAAUUGUGUCCUUGAAAGGUCAGAUGUUGGCCAUGGACUCUCUUAUAAAGCUCAAUACCAUUUCCUUGGCACCUCAGCUUAGCAUGCCGGAACUACCAGUUGUGUGGGGAGAGGACAUGUUCGCUGGCUUGCUUAAAAAACCAUGGUUGGUGGUCUGUGGUGACAUGCUUCUCAAGGUUGACCUCUCAAUACAUGAUCUCAAAUUCUGCUUUCAAGCCUACCGCCUGGACUUAUCAGUCAGACCCGCUAAGUGGGCGAAGAUGAAGAAGUUGGGAAAUUGGGCUCUCUUUCUUAGCCUUGAUAGGAGGACCUCUACAUUUUCUUGCUUGAACCCUGAAAGAUGGGGCGGGAAGAGUAAUUUCAUUUACGUUCCGAGCAGAUCCAAAGAUUCCAACGAACCUUGGAUUGAGGUAGAGCUUGGUCAGUUAAUGUCCAGGAGAUCCCAUCCCAUUUCAUACAUUCUCGGACGCAAAAGCAAGCAGCUGGAGAGCUUCUGGGUGCUACCCAGUUUGGUGUAUGGUGUCAGCGAGUGA